GCUGGAGAAGCUCAAAAACUACUUUAUGAAUGUAUCGAAAACUUUGAAAGUGGAAAUAGCUCACCUGACCAAGAACCCGAGCUAUUUGCAGUCAGUAAGUUCUAAACAUGUGAACAUGUGGGAAAUGUCAAAACCUGUACUAAGGAUUUUWAAAAUUAUUUUCUGCUCUUCGCUUCACAACUGGUCCUAUCUUAACAGAUGGUGUGAUAUCCGCUUGGGCUCGGAUAGGCCGAACGGAUAAAGCUGAGGAAGUUCUUUGGAAAGCUGAUGAUAUCAGAAAAAAAUGCAAAUCGUUGACUCUGGAUGUUUGCACGUACAACUCUGUACUCUAUGGUUAUCUCAAAGAUAAUAAGUCUACGGAUAAUCUCGAGAAAAUUCUUCGGAUUUUUGACUUUAUGGACAAAAACAAAGAGGAGCAACCCGCGGUAACCCCUGAUUGUUUUACACAUCAUUGCGUUUUGAGAGCGUUGGGAGCAAGCAAUAGCGAGAAAGCAGCUGAGCAUGCUGUGCAAACUUUAGAAACAAUGCAUACUCUAUGGGAAGAGGGUGAUGAAUCGUUGAGACCAGCCACAGCUUAUUACAACAUAGCUAUCAAUAAGAUUGCAAAGAGUGGAAAAAAUGCCAAUCCACAGAAAGCAUUGAGUAUUCUUAAUUUGCUGGAAUUAUCUCAGUUCUGCAAUGCUGACAUCAUUAGCUACACGACUGUAAUCGAAUGCUUCUCCAAAUCAACAGUGCAAUCUGCUGCAGAACGAAGUCUUGAUCUUUUCCAUGAAGCAUGGCGGAUUUAUCAGGAAAAGGAGGACCCGAAAAUGAAGCCUAACUUACGAACUUAUACAAUGGUAAUUCUCUCUCUUUCGAAAAACUCGACGCUCGAGAAUAUUGUGAAGGCGAGAGACUUACUCUMUCAGCUCAACGUUUUAUACAACAAAGAUAAAGAUCCGGAGCUUCGCCCAAAUGCUUAUCCAUAUAAUUAUUUACUGAACUCUGCCGCAUCCUGUGUUGGAGACGCAGGAGACAAACUGAAAGCUUUCCAAAUCGCUGCUCAGACGUACAACGACAUUCGGACCUCGGACUUGAUUUCUGCAGAUAGCUACACAUAUGCAUUCUGGUUUAAACUUUGCAAUCACUUGCUUCCAGAGGGAGAUCUGAGGAGAAAAUCGAUAACUUACUCAUUUGAACAAUGCAAAAGGGAUGGAAUGCUGAGCAGAGCAGUGCUUGAAAGACUUUUGACAGGAACACCUAAUGAUAUUCUUUCAGAGAUUUUGGGAACGGAGUUCCGUGCGUCGCCGGCAUCUUACAAGAAGAUCAAGCUGAGUGAUUUGCCACCAACUUGGAGCCGCAACGUUCGAUGAUGCAGGCGAUUCUCAGAUUGAUUUUUGAUUCGAAACAAUCAUCGUUGCUCAAUGCAUGAGMAGUAUCCAUUUUUUUAUGAAACAAAUCACUCUUCCAACU